AUGGCGGAAAAUCUAGCUCAAUCAUCCCAGGCUCUCCCGCUUAGUCUCGAGGAGAUAGAGGGCCUUGUCAAGACGCUGUAUGACCCUGGUCAUGCAAAGAAGAUACCCGAAACGGAAGCUACUUUACGCGUCUUACAGCGCUCACCGCAAGGGUGGGAAAUCGGCGAUGCUCUUCUCAACAGCAGCGACGAGAAUGCUCGCUUCUUCGGCGCCCUGACGCUCACAAUCAAACUCAACGCAGACUCUGCCGCAUUGAGUGAGCAAGACUCUGAACAGCUUCUCUCGAAGCUCAUCCACCACCUCGUUACGCACCCGACAUCUUCCCCAGCUACUCGGAAGCUAUGCUCGACUCUUGCGCAGUACUUCACCAAACCCAUCUCCAGUUGGACCCAGUGCAUACGGAGUCUAGCCGUUUCGUUUGCAUCACAGCAGCCGGUGUUGGACGGCGCGCUUGAUAGCCAUCCUUCAACAUGGGACGUCCUGCCUCAGCUGCCAGAUGAGCGGCUUCUCGUCUUGCUUGAAUUUGCCAUGAAUUUGGCGGACGAGGCGAAGAAGUUGUCAAAUAACCCAGAUCGAAAGCCACACGAACGCAUGAUCGCGAACGUGGAGAGCAUAGAAGUUCUGCUUCAGGUUGCAUUCGGACGGGGCAUCAAGUACCUCUCAGCGCCGGUAGCUGUUCCUGGCCACGAGCAGUCUUUGCAACUCGGAGAAAAGAUAUGUGUGGCAUCGUUGAAGUGCUUCAUUGGCUGGGUAUUCUAUGCGCAGUCUGAGUUUAAAGAGGUCCCAGAGAAGCUCAAGUACCUCCGUUCUAUUACCGAACUCGCCCUGGCAUGCCUCGAAUACCACGUCGAUGACGCAAUGGAAGUCAUUGCCGAAGUGCUGGAGAGUUAUCCGAGCUUCUUCGAGCCUAAACAUCAAGAAAUGCUAUGGUCCGUGGUAACAGGUCAAUGGGGCCUUGAGAUACUGAAGACACUCGACGCUGAGACUGUGUCGCUGGCAAGGAUCAUUGUCGCCUAUGGGCAAGAGCUGAUCGAGUCCAAAAAGCUGUAUCAACAACCAGAAAACCCGCAUCAUCAGCAAGUGCUGUCCAUUCUGCAUGACCUGCUAAAAUAUCCUGAGCCGGUCGGCGUUGAGGACGAAGUCGCCCUUGUAGUGCUGGACUUCUGGAGUAACUAUGUCACCACCGUCGCCGAAGAGUCAUUCCUCUAUUUAGAGGGAGAAGAACUCCCCACUUGGAUGCCGCUUGCGAAGAGUAAUGUCUUUCAAGUCAUUUCGGAACUGGUGCAGAAGAUCACUUAUCCUCCUGCGGAGGUCACGAAGUCAUGGGACACGGACUCUAAGAAGAUAUUCAAGGUCUUUCGCAUGGACGUCCGCGACAUAACCAUGGAAGCUUUCGAACUCUUGCGCAAUGAUUUAACAGGGCAAUUCAUCGACUUUGCCAUACGUGCGCUAGAGGCGAGCAACUGGCUGGAGCUUGAAGCAGGGCUAUUCUGCUUAAUCUCGGUCGCUGAUGCCUUGACCGGCGUCGAUGACAAGCUGAGUCAACUCUUCGAACGGCCACUGUUCGCGACAAUAGCUGAGAACGCGAACAUCCCCGCUGUAACGCGAAGGACUGCCGUCGACCUGGUAGCAGCUCUCAAUCACUUCUUCCUGCGCAAGCCGCGCUUCCUACCUCAAGUCCUGCCCUUCCUACUCACUGCUUUGGCUCAACCAUCUUUGGCGCAUGGGGCGGCUAAGUCAUUUGCUUCUCUCUGCUCCGAAUGCAGGAAAUCUCUUACAGGCGAACUCAGCUCAUUUUUCCAGAUGUAUGAGCAGUUUCUCACCUACCCGACGGCGGAGGAGUUCACUAAGAGCAAGGUCCUUGAAGGCAUCGCAGCGAUUGUCCAAGCCUUAGACACAGAAGAGGAACAGCUUGCUGGGGUGCAACACCUCUUCCAGUAUGUUGCCCAUGAUGCGAUGCAGGCCGUCAACCUUGCAAAAGAGGGCAACGACUCGGAGCAAGGACAGGUGCUGGCCAUGGCAACUCUCAAGUGUCUCUCCUGCAUUGGAAAAGCGCUUCAAGCGUCAGACGAAGACGUCGUAGACCUGUCGUUGGAACACAACGAAUCGACCUUCUGGGUGCAAGGCCCUGGAAAAGAGAUCCAGAACCAAAUCAUCAACUUCAUCAACUACUUGACUCAGGUCUUCCUCGCGAGCGACGAGAUCAUCGAAUCAUCCUGUAAUGUCCUCCGCGCGGGGUUCAAGGAGAUGGGGCCAGGCGCUUUCGUCCUGCCGCCGUCUGCAGCUAUCGACUAUAUCGAGAGAACAACGCUCCAGACGCCGAGGCUUCCAUAUGUCUUAGAAACAGCGUGCUGCUGGAUUUCUUCGCACAAGGAAUCCCCCGAGUUCGAGGCGCAGGCUCAACGGCUGCUCCACUACGACCUUAGCAUCAUGCAAGCACUCCAGCAUCCAAGGAAUGAUCCAGAAGUCUCUGUUGGCUGUAUCGAGCUCAUCCAGAAAUUCAUCACCCAAAAUGCUUCCAUUCUCAAGAAUGAGCAUCCGGAUAUCCUUAAGGGCAUGUUCGACUUCUCGGUUGAAUGUAUUAAAUCGCCUGAAGUGCUACCAAAGCGUGCGUCGGCUGCGCUGUGGAAAGAAAUCUUUGAGAAGACCGGCAGUACCGGACACAAAGAUCAGGCAACAUGCCAAGAUAUUGUCAAUCACUUUGGACAGGCCGUUACCUUCGCGCUUAUGUCCAACAUCUGCGGUGAAGUUGAUUACACAAGCCUCGAGCAUAUUCAGGCACCUCUUCGGAAGCUCAUUCAGUUCGACCGGCACGCAAAGACGUAUAUUACAGCGGCGCUGGCGGAGAACCCGCUUUUACAGCGCGUUCAAGGUGAUCCAGCGACGCAGGACAUGGUACGCAAGUUCAUUGAGAGCGUGAUGAGGAAUGCCAAGAGCUUCACUGCCUUCAAGGAAGCUGUCAAGACCUUUUGGCAGAGCUGCAAGCAGUUGCAGAUGCAAUACGCGCCGCAGAUAAUGCAUCAUGCCCAUCGAUUCAACUACUAG